AUGCUCUUCGUAGUCGCUCUGGCCCGCUCGACCCCAGUCGCGGCUCAAACACCGGCCCAGUUCGCUAACCAGCGGAUCAUUCGCCUGAAUACCUCGCCGCAGCGCGAAGUUGCCCCGGUGAUGACGGCCGUUUCGCUGCAUCCCAGUGGCGGGCAAAUCGCUACCGCUGGCGACGAUCACUACGUCCGCGUUUGGUCAUUGCAAACCGGACAGUUGAUGGCAUCGCUCAACGGGCACCGCGAUUGGAUUCGCAGCAUCGAAUUCAGCCCCGAUGGAACGAAGCUGGCAACCGCUGGCGACGACCGCCAAAUUCGAAUUUGGGAUCUCACGACGGGUAAAGAAGUUCUCACCUUCAACGAGCACGACGGGGUGAUUUACGACAUCUGCUUCAGUCCCGAUGGGUCGCUCAUCGCCAGCGUGGGCUUCGAAGCACCUGUGCGAGUGUACCUGGCCGACACGGGCGAACUGCUGCACGAGUUGGAAGGGCCCGGCGUCGAUCUGCGCGACGUGGCCAUCUCGCCUGAUGGUUCGCAACUGGCCGCCGCCGGUCGACGUGGCGACAUCCGCUUGUGGAGCCUGACUACAGGCGACCAUCUGAUGGACAUCAACGCCCACCAGCGUCGCGUACAUGCCUUGGCUUUCUCGCCCGACGGCAGUCGGAUUGUCUCGGCCGGCGAAUCGCGAACUCUGCAAAUGCAUAGCACCAGCAACGGUAGCCAACUACUUGAAAUCGAUGCUCGCCCGGGCAUUGUUCGCUGCCUGAAGUUCUUUACGCCCACGAUGGUCGCCGCCGGCACAACGACCGACGUCGUCGAAUUGUGGGACUUGGAAAGUGGUCAAUCUGUGGGCAAGUUCGAGGGACACCAAGGCACCAUUGCCGACCUCGAUUUUCAACCGGAAACGGGGCUGCUGAUUUCUGGCAGCUUCGAUACGACGGUUCGUCUGUGGGACAUCAACGGUGGUUUGAACGAUGCGGCCCAUCAAUCCAUUCCUGAACCAAACCUCCUCAAGCGGCAACGUCGUCACUGCGAUGUAGAACCGCUCGAGCAGCGACAACUUCUCGCGGCCGAUGUUCAAAUCGGCGCGGUCUACUACGAAGAAGACAGCGGCCAAGACUCGGCCCACGACUGGUUCCACAUUUCGUUCAACGGCGGUCCCGAUGGGGUGCAACUCACCCAAGUGGUGAUCGACACCGACAAGGCAGGCGACGGGCUUUCGGUGGCCGACGCCUUCUUCGACACCGCCUCGGGCGGAGCCGGAGCCUUCGACUCACACGACUUCUCCAUCAUCGAGCAGGUCGGUAUCGACUCCGUAACAGCCAGCUACGUCGAUGGCGGUACUCAGCUCGUUCUGACCUUUACCGGGUUCGACCCCGGGGACAAGUUCGUCUUUGGUAUCGAUGUCGACGAACAAGGCUUCUUGCCCGGCAGUUCAAGCGCCGUGACCGAAGGUGCCGAGUUCGAGGGCUCGAAGCUCAUCGGUACCUUCGUCGCACCCCACUACGAAACCCUGACUCAGACCGGGAUUUUCACCGAUAGCUUCUCGCUAGCCGGCACGGGACUCGAUCUCCCGCCCGACAGCUACGUGCCCAUCUCGGCUACACCGCAAGAGUUCCGCACCGCGGGCGUUGAGUUCUCAGGCCCGAUGACUCCGCUGCCGAUCACGAUCUCGGGUACGGUCUUUGAAGAUAUCAACCUGAACAAUGUGCAGAAUGCCGGCGACCAAGGCAUCGCAGGCGUGACGCUGACGCUGCACGAGUUCAACGGAACUUCAUACGUCUCGACAGGAAAGACCGCGGUAACCGACGGGGCUGGAAACUACAAGUUCGAAGACAUUCUUCCCGGCAAGUAUCGGGUGGUCGAAACCCAGCCGGCCUCGUACUUGAGCGUGGGAGCCAAAGCCGGCACGGUCGAUGGCGGAACGGUCGGCGUGGUCGUCUCCCCUGACAUCAUCGCCGACAUCACCUUGUUAGGCGGUCAAGACAGCAUCGACAACGACUUCGCCGAAGCCAAACCGGCUUCGCUCGCGGGUAACGUCUACCACGAUGCCGACGACGAUGGCGUCUUCGACCCCAGCGAAACAGGCAUCGGCGGCGUCACCAUCCAAGUGCAACGCAUCGUAGUCGGUGGAACACCGGAAGCCCCCGUCGAAGUACAAACCCUGGCCGACGGUUCUUGGUCGGUCUCCGGGCUUCGUCCUGGCAACUACCUGGUGCGCGAAAUCCAUCCGACCGCCUACAUCGACGGUAAAGAUACCCCCGGUAACGCAGGCGGUUCGGCAUUGGCUCAACCGGGCGAUCAGAUCUCCGGCAUCUUUCUGUCUAGCGGGAAGAACGGCACCGAAUACAACUUCGGCGAAAUCAUCCCCAGUAGCAUUUCCGGGUUCGUGCAUGCCGAUCGCGAUGGCAACUGCGAGAUCGACCCCGGCGACGUCGCCCUGCAAGGCGUAACCGUUCACCUGUUGGACUCGGGCGGAACUCGCAUCGCCACGACCACCACCGACAGCCAAGGUCGUUACGAAUUCACGGGGCUGGCCCCCGGCAUUUACGGUGUGGAAGAAGAGCAACCGGCCGGAUACUUCGACGCCGGCGAUCACGUCGGUACCGCGGGAGGCACGCUGUCCGGUACGGACUCGAUCAUUAACAUCACGCUCACCUCCGGCACCAACGCCGAGAACUACAACUUCUGCGAGCAUGAGCCGGCCAGCAUCUCUGGCUAUGUCUACGCCGACGACAACGACAACGGUGUGCGCAACACCGGCGAAUCGCCGAUCGCCGGCGUCACACUGGAACUGCUCGACGCCGCAGGCAACUCUCUGGGCAUCACCACAACGACUAACGCCGCUGGGUUCUACAAGUUCGACAACCUGCGACAAGGCACCUACGGCGUGGCCGAAGUUCAGCCCACGGGCUACUUCGACGGAAAAGACGCCGCUGGAAGCGCCGGAGGUUCGGCUUUGAACCCAGGCGAUCGCAUCACCGGUGCGGUGCUCACGCCGAACUUGGAUGCCGUGAAUUACAACUUCGGCGAACUCCGUCCCGGAAGUCUCUCCGGUCAUGUGUACGUCGACAACAACGACAACGGAAACUUCGAUGGCGGCGAAUCGCCCAUCGCCGGCGUAACGCUGCAACUGCUCGACGCCGCGGGGAACGCCACUGGUAUCACCACCACAACCGAUGCCAACGGGUUCUAUCGCUUCGAUAACCUGGCUCCCGGCACUUACGGUGUGGCCGAACUCCAACCCUCGGGUUACUUCGACGGAAAAGACGCCGCAGGAAGUGCCGGCGGUACGGCACAAAACCCAGGCGACCGCAUCAUCGGUGCACUGAUCGCCGCGGGUGUGAAUGCCGUGAAUUACGACUUUGGCGAACUUCUGCCCGGCAGCAUCUCGGGCCGCGUACAUUCCGAUCGCGACGGCGACUGCGAAUUCACCGAAGGUGACACACCGAUUGAAGGCGUAACGAUCCACUUGCUCGACGCCGCGGGUAAUCGCAUCGCCACCACGCAGACCGAUGCCGAUGGGCGUUACACCUUCGGCAACCUCAAGCCGGGUGUGUACGGUAUCGAGGAAGAACAACCCGCUGGCUACUACGACAGUGGCGACCACCCUGGCUCCGCCGGAGGAACGGCAGUAGCCCCCGAUAAGAUCACCGGCAUCACUAUCGGUUCGGGCGUUGCGGCCGUGAACUACGACUUCUGCGAAGUGUUGCCCGGCAGCAUCUCGGGUCGUGUGCAUUCCGAUCGCGAUGGCGACUGCGAAUUCAGCGAAGGCGAUACACCAAUCGCCGGAGUCACCAUUCACUUGCUCGACGCCACGGGCAAUCGCAUCGCCACCACACAAACCGAUGCCGACGGGCGCUACACUUUCGACAACCUCGAACCCGGCGUGUACGGCAUCGAAGAAGUUCAGCCCGAGGGUUACUACGACAGUGGCGACCACGUGGGAACAGGCGGCGGAACACUCGUCGCCCCCGACACCAUCACGAAUAUUACGGUCGGCGCUGGAGCCGCACUGGUCAAUUACGACUUCUGCGAAGUUCUGCCUGGCAGCAUUUCGGGCCGGGUUCAUUCCGAUCGCGAUGGCGACUGUGAAUUCACUGAGGGCGACGAACCCAUCGCCGGAGUAACGAUCUACCUGCUCGACUCCACCGGCAACCGCAUUGCUUCGACGCUCACCGACGCCGACGGUCGCUACACCUUCGACAACCUCGAACCGGGCGUGUACGGCAUCGAGGAAGUUCAGCCCGAGGGCUACUACGACAGUGGCGACCACGUGGGAACCGGUGGCGGAACGCUCGUCGCCCCCGACACCAUCACGGGCAUCACCGUCGGUGCGGGUGUUGCCGUAGUGAACUACGACUUCUGCGAACACGAUCCGGCGAGCCUCUCGGGGCAUGUCUACGCCGACGACAACAACAACGGAACUCGCGAUCCGGGCGAACUUCCGCUGGUGGGCGUGACGCUCCACUUGCUCGACUCGGCCGGCAACCCCACGGGCAUCACCACGGUGACCGACGGCACUGGAUUCUACCAGUUCGCAAACUUGCAGCCUGGUAAGUACGGUGUGGCCGAAGUUCAACCGGUUGGAUUCUACGACGGCUCCGACUCUGCAGGUUCGGCUGGCGGAACGGCCGAGAACCCCGGCGAUCGCAUUGUGAACGCCAUGUUGAUGCCCGGCAUGAACGCCGUGAACUACGACUUCGGCGAACUGCAACCGGCCAGCAUCUCGGGUACGGUGCACGUCGAUACUGACGGCGACUGCGAAAUCGACCCCGGCGAGCAACGCCUCGGCGGUGUGACAGUCUUCCUGCUCGAUGCCGCGGGCAAUCGCAUUGGUCAGACGGUGACCGCGGCCGACGGCACUUACUCGUUCAGCAGCCUCGCACCUGGCGAGUACGGCGUCGAACAAGUUCAGCCGGGCGAAUACCUCACACACGGUGAGAAGGUUGGAUCGGCUGGUGGCUCAGUCACGGCCGCCAACUUCAUCCAACAAAUUGUUCUUGCCCCCGGCAACAACGCUUUCGACUACAACUUCUGCGAAAUCAACUUCGGAUCGAUCUCCGGUUAUGUCUACCAAGACGGUGAUACGAUUGAACUCGAACGAGGAGAAAUCCUCAGCGCUUCGAAUCUAAGUGAAUACCGCUCGGGUUCGCGGACCGAAGACGACACGCCCAUUGCCGGUGUCACGCUGCGGCUGCUCGAUCUCUCGGGCGCCGAAGUGCCCGAUGCCACCACCGGUCAGCCUAUGACUGUGGUGACCGACGAGAAUGGUUUCUAUCAGUUCACAAACCUCGCCCCCGGUGUGUACACCAUUGUGCAAGUUCACCCCGAGUCGUACAUCGACGGUAUCGACAGUGCGGGAACCACGGGCGGCUUGGCUCUGAACGCUGGUGUGCAUUCCGAUCUUUUGCCGCAGGGCAUUGCAGAAACCAUGGAUGCGAUCGUGGGCGUCGUGCUUCCGGCCGGUGGCGCUUCGGUGGAAAACAACUUCAGCGAAGUGGUCGUGCUGCAAGAUCCAGGCACGCCCCAGGUCCCGUUCUUCACGAACAACCCACCGUCUACACCCGCACAAAUCGGACGUUCGGCACCCGGCGGUGGAUUGUUACCGCAAAUCGGUGCCCCCAGCCCGAUGGCUCGCCCCAACCAGGAGACCAUCUUCUUCGGCUCUUCGUCGGCCCAAGAAAUCGGUCACACCUGGCACUUGAGCAUCAUCGACGGCGGUCGCCCGCGCGGCGAUGUGACUCAGUCGGCUCAGGUCAUGCAAGUGAGCACCCAACACAUUGAUGCCAUUCGAUGGAGCCCGGAACAAAUGCAGUCGGCCGUGUGGACCAUGCCCGGAGAGCCAGGCCAGGCCGACCAGGUGGUGCACUUCGGCAUGAACGGUGGUAUUCCGGUCACCGGCGACUGGAAUGGUGACGGUGUUACAGAAGUCGGCGUGUUCCGCGACGGCGAUUGGUUCCUCGACUACAACGGCAACGGCCAAUGGGACGAGGGCGACAUCUGGGCCAAGCUCGGAACCUCCAAGGACAAACCGGUAACCGGCGACUGGAACGGCGACGGCAAGACCGACAUCGGUAUCUUCGGACCCGAGUGGUUCGGCGACGGCAAGGCGCUUGUAAACGAACCGGGCCUUCCCGAUGCCGAAAACGAAACGACCGGCGAAAAGAAGAACACGCCGCCCAAGCCGCAUGAAGCAACUUCCGAAAAGCGGGUACUUCAACGCACCAAGCAGGGCCGCACCCGUGAAGACGUGGUCGACCACGUAUUCCGCUACGGCGAUGCCAACGACAUCCCGGUCACCGGCGACUGGAACGGCGAUGGCAUUCACACCGUGGGUGUGUUCACGGCGGGACAAUGGUUCCUCGACACCAAUGGCGACGGUACCUGGCAGCCGGGUGAUGAAAUCUUCACCUACGGUCAAACCGGCGACCUGCCCGUGGUCGGCGACUUCGACGGCGACGGCAUCGACGAACUAGGAAUCUACCGCGACGGCCGCUGGUACAUCGACAUCAACCACAACGGACUGGUCGAUAGCGAAGACCUCGUCAUCGAAAAAGGCGAAUUGGGCGACGUACCCGUCGUCGGCGACUGGAACGGCGACGGCGUCGACGAACCAGGGCUGUACCGCGACGGGUUGAUUCGGCGGAUUGAUCCGUAA